GGGGCCAGGGCUCGCUAGUGACGUGGUCGUCACGUGACCAAGAGCUGCCUAGAACAUAAGUCUUGCUAGUCGCCUCCGUCUGGGUACCAGCCCCCUAUUACUCCGCAGGCGUGUGAAGGAAGAAGGGAACUGUAUGUAGCCUGAGCAGUGCAGGUCUGUCCGUGUGUGGACCCCGUGAGUCGCCGCAAAAGUCCUGGAAAAGGGAGAAACAAACUACCUUGGGACCCUGUUGGUCAGAUUCAUCACCAGGCAGCUGCAGGAGCGUGGGAGACACUGAAGACAACUACUCUUCAGCAUCACUCACCCUGGCCCUGAGUGUUCUUUUCAUUCAGGUGGAACAAGGAACUCUGCUGUCCUACCCAAGUGGCAGACUUGACCAUGGGAAGGGCUCGGGAAGUGGGUUGGAUGGCAGCAGGACUGAUGAUUGGGGCUGGUGCCUGCUACUGUGUUUACAGACUAACCAUAGGAAGAGAGGACAGUGAGAAGUUGGAUGAGGAGGAAGAAGAAUGGGAUGAUGACCCAGAGCUGGAUGAGGAAGAGCCUGAGAUUUGGUUUGAUUUCACCACUAUGGCUCAGCCUUGGAGUGAGGAUGGGGACUGGACAGAGCCUGGGGCCCCUGGUGGCACUGAGGACAGGCCCUCAGGUGGGGGCAAGGCCAAAAGAACACACCCCAUAAAACAGCGUCCUUUCCCCUAUGAACAUAAAAGUACUCAGAGUGCUCAGAGCUUUAAAAAUGUCACUUAUGUUCUUGGCCUCUUCAAAUAUCCUUCCAUUCAGGGAAAAGUGUUGUGUGCUCAGCCCAAGGAUGCCGGCUUUUCAUUUAUCCACACUGUCAAUAGUCAUUUGGCCAGACUCUCCUUUGUUGGAAACACAAUCCCCACUCCCAACCCUACUCUUAAGGAGAAGGCUUUGUGUGCCCCAGAUAACCUGCAUAUGAGUGCUGAGAAUCAGGGCCAGACUAAGAUGUCCAUCAGUGAAGUGUGCCUGGAGAUGGUGUCACACUCUUACACCUCAUUUCUGCAGCAGGCCAGUUUAAAUUUGCUAAUCAGCCUGACAGUUCUUAAUAACACACUUGCCAAGUCUGUUUCAGACUGGAAGCUUCCUGUCACAGCAGCAGAGGGAAGUAGAUGUGUUGAGGUCCAGGCUUUGAAACCACCUCUGGCUUUGUCUGAAGAGCCAGUCCUGCCAGGGCAGCUGCUGGGGGCCCCAGCACUCCUCUCAUUCAUGCCCCUCUUUAUCAGGAACGGAAGCACACAGGCUCUCCCAGACUUCCUGGUCUCUUAGAUGGCUGCCUGACACAGAAUGGCACCAGACUUGCCCCAAACCCACUGGUGAGCACACACUUGUCUUCUUCAUCAGAGGACUCUGCAGUGAGUGCUGCCGAGGAGGCAGUUCAUCACCACAAGGCCAGGUGGACAGGACAGUUGCUAAACCCAGGACCACACACUGGCUGGCCGGGCACAGGUUGCACGGGUUCCACAGAGCUUUCAGUCACUGUUUGGUUUUGCAGUCUGCAGGCAAUGCUCAUUGUAACCUACUCCCUUACUCCCUUGUAACCUUCUUCCUGUGGGGUGAGGGUUCACUUCAGCUGCCAACAGGGGAGAAAGAGCAUCAUGGAAGAGAGUCACCAGGCUUGCCUGGCCUGUGGUGGGACUAUUUUGUGGAGACCAGACCCAUAUGGGAGCCUAUGUCACGAAUACAUUUGCUGCAGCUAAGGCCAGAUUGUAUAAAUGUUGCUUUUUCUUUUCUUUUUAAUUUACUCUUUCCUUUAUGUGAGCUGAUUAAUGCAGAAUCUAUUCAGUCCAAAGUCUAUUCCUCAUCUGUGUAUUGUCCUGACUUAGCCUCACCCACCCUACCCUACAGUUGUGUGCAUCAUCAAUAAAGUUGUGAGCUUUGAUUGGCAAAA